CCCUAGUUUCCGGUGUUAUGGCCACCACCGGCGCUCGCAGCGCUACACUUGGGCAAAAAAUAAGUUGUGCAUUAAGGUCUCAGCAGCCUGCAUGCACGUCAGUGUGAUUCUUGCUAUGCUGCUCUUGGCAAUGUUGGAUAUACUCUUUUCCCUUGUUGUGGUCACCGGUGACGACAGCGAUCACAAACCGUCGGCACCCGUGUUCAACUACAGCAGCAUUUCCCUACCGCCGGAGCACAUUUCAUAUUUCCUGUCCAACAACAAGAAGAUCGCCAAGCAAUGCAGGCUUGACCCUCUCUGUCCUUUUAAAGAGUUUGCCCAGUUGAAUUUGUCUUCUUGUUGGGGUUACGAGAAGAACUGUGAGCCAGAGAACCGCUUCAGCUAUCCCAAUUGUAACAACGUUGAUUCUGGAUGGGCAGAUUCAUUGGAGGCGGCCCAGGAUCUUUUCUGGAAGCAGGGUGAUUUCGGCUACGUCAAGGAGCGCCGCUCUGAGCUCAAAACACUUUGCAAGGCCAGCAAGCCCGGGGACUCCUCCUUAAGAUGCACUAGCCAUGCAAGAUUCUGUAAAGCAACUAACUUUUACCUGGACUUGCGGAAACCGCGCAGAAGUCAUGAAAGGUACCAGGAGGACUUCAUUCAGAAAGGGGAGCUCGGUGGUCACUGCAGACUUGACAAGCAAGCACUUGCUGCAGCGGGAAAACACAAGAGCCCAUUGCAGUCUUGGUACGCAGAGCUUCAAACAUAUACAGAGUUGGACUUUCACGCUGAAUCCUGUGACAUCACCAUAGAAAAACCAACAGUUUUCAUGAAACUGGAUGCUGGGGUGAACAUGUAUCAUCAUUUCUGUGACUUUGUCAACCUCUACAUCUCCCAGCACAUUAACAACUCCUUCAGCACCGACAUCCACAUAAUAAUGUGGGACACGAGCUUUUAUGAAUAUGGAGAUUUGUUCAAAGAGAUAUGGAAGGCCUUCUCAGACUGUGAUAUUAUUCACCUGAAGACGUAUGAUUUUAAAAGAGUAUGUUUUAAAGAUGCCUUUUUCUCCCUUCUCCCAAGAAUGAGAUAUGGUCUCUUUUACAACACACCACUCAUCUCUGAUUGCUACAGUGAAGGGAUGUUUCGGGCUUUCUCCCAACAUGUCCUCCAUCGUCUCGACAUACUGCAGAACGGACCCAUGGUGGGCCGUGUUCGUGUUACCGUGCUGGCACGCAGCACAGAAUACAGACGAAUAAUCAACCAAAAUGAGCUCGUAAAUGCUCUUAAAACAGUGCUGCAGCUGGAGGUCAGUGUGCAUGACUACAAAUACAACGACGUUGCCUUCCUUGAGCAAUUGAGGAUAACUCACAACUCGGACAUAUUCAUCGGAAUGCACGGGGCGGGACUUACGCAUCUACUCUUCCUACCCGACUGGGCUGUGGUCUUUGAGCUGUAUAAUUGUCAGGAUGAGGGUUGCUAUCGAGAUUUGGCGCGGCUGAGGGGCAUUCGCUAUAUGACUUGGCAGAAAAAGGAGAAAGUGUACCCCCAGGACAAGGGUCAUCACCCGACUCUUGGAGACCAUCCCAAGUUCACCAACUACUCUUUUGACGUGGAGGAAUUCAUGCGCCUCGUGCUGGAGGCAGCACUUUACGUCACGCAGCAUCCCAAAUGGCAGCGUUGUAUCAUGCGUGAUGAACUGUAGCGAGUCCUUGGUUGGGUAAAAAAAAAAAGGCACAUGUAGGUGACAUCGGGAGAUAUAGUAACAUUGGGAUUGGAUUUAAAUUUAAAAAAUCAAAGUGGUCAUUUGCUACGUCCUAUUGAGUACUUUAGUGAAAUGUGAGCAGUUGACACAUCUGGAGAACUACCAAAAUACUUCUUCAUUUCCUCCGCUACCACUGCUUCAUUCCACACCGAUAAACUUGGCUAAUGAGCAUCUGUUCCGCUGUCCCGUAACAUGUGGUCUGUUGUUCCUUUGGAUUAGUGUCACCUUGAUUCGAGCCUCCUGUGAGUGCUUGACGUUUAUACCUGAGAAUAAAAACGCUGUACAAUUCACUUAAACAUUGUGACAUAGAGGGAUCCUCAGUUUUCAUCUACUAAAUACUUGAGUCAGCAAAUUAUUUAAACGUAUCAUUGUCUUCUAUGUAUAUUUAUUUUGUAUUUAGAUUUUUUCUUUCAAUUCUUUUUUUUCUUAAACUCUGUCCUCUUUAGCCAUUCAACUUUACUCUGUGCAAGUAGUCCAUACUUAUUGCAUAAGUUCACUGAUCCUAUAAUAUAACCCCCCCCCCCCCCAACACACACACAACUUUGAUAAUGCAUUUGAUCAAAAAAGCAGUGGCAAACUUUGUUGGGUUUAACUUUUACAGUUUAAAAAAAGACAAUAUCUUACAAAAAAAUAAUAAAGCACAAUAAUGUUCUCUUA